AUGAGUGCGAUCCUAUCUGCCGAUGAUCUGAAUGAUUUCAUUUCACCAGGAGUUGCAUGUAUCAAGCCUGUUGAAUCAUUGCCACAAAAGCCUAAGGAUAAUGAGAAUCCUUACGAAGUCACCACCGAAGACAAGGUUGAACCAGAGAAUCUUCCACCGGCACAGAUCUCUUUGACUGAUUGUCUUGCCUGUUCUGGCUGUGUCACCUCAGCCGAAGCUGUUUUGAUUUCGCUACAGUCUCAUACAGAAGUUCUCAAUACACUGGACGCCUUUCCAGAAGUUCCCUUAGCGGAGUCUCAGAAUGGAACAACGCUUGCGGGUACAGAGGGCAUUGAAAAUUGCAAGAUAUUUGUUGCCAGUGUGAGCCCCCAGGUCAGAGCGGGGUUGGCAGCAACAUAUGGUAUUUCAGAGAAAGAGGCGGGGUAUAUGAUCGACCAAUUUCUACGCGGCCCAUUAGGAUUACGAUCUGGUGGAAAGCAAGGCAGUGGAUUUACAUGGGUUGUGGAUACAAAUGCCAUGCGAGAGGCUGUCUUAGUUCUCACUGCUGAUGAGGUCUCCGAGUCACUCGGUCAAAGCUCUGUGCGGGGGAGUCAAGAUGCCCCGCCCAAGCGGCCAAUAUUGUCAUCUGCGUGCCCAGGUUGGAUUUGCUACGCUGAAAAGACGCAUCCGUUUGUUCUUCCACACCUAUCUCGACUCAAAUCCCCCCAGGCCAUGUCUGGAACAUUCCUCAAAACCGUUCUCAGCAAAUCGCUUGGUGUCUCCCCGUCUCAAAUUUGGCAUCUAGCCGUUAUGCCUUGUUUCGAUAAGAAAUUGGAGGCCAGUCGCGAAGAACUCACCGAUGUAUCCUGGCAGCAAGGCGUUGACCAGAACAUGGCUGAACCCAAUCAGCCCGUUCGCGACGUGGACUGUGUUAUCACUACUCGGGAGCUUCUAUCCCUGGCUUCGUCCCGGGGUCUUUCUCUCCCCAGCUUGCCUCUCAAGCCUCUGUCGUCAAAAUACAACAUCUCAUUCCCGGAAAGGUCUCUAGACUCGUUCAUUUCAUUCCAAAGUUCUCCUACAGAGCAAUCCCUUGCAACAGGUACAUCAGGGGGUUAUUUGCAUCACGUGUUGACAACCUUCCAAGCCCGCAACCCAGGAAGCAACUUGGUGACAAAUCGAGGGCGUAAUUCAGAUGUUGUUGAAUAUGUUCUUAUGUCCGCAGAAGGGCAGAAAAUUAUGAAGGCAGCCCGAUAUUACGGUUUUCGAAACAUUCAAAACCUUGUUCGAAAACUCAAACCUGCUCGGGCAUCUCGAAUGCCGGGAGCCAAGCCCCUAGCGGGCCGACGCCAGCCUGUUUCUCGAAAUGCUGCGAGUGGCAAUUCAGGAUCAGACUACGCAUAUGUCGAAGUAAUGGCCUGUCCAGGCGGCUGCACUAAUGGCGGUGGACAAAUCCGAGUGGAGGAUGCUAGAGAAGUGAACGGUACAUCUCAAUCCAUUGAUGCAGGUGUUGAGGCUGAGUCAUUGAAGCCCUCUCCCCAUGAACAACGUGCUUGGCUUGCCCGUGUCGACGAGGCAUAUUUCUCGAUGGAAUCAGAGUCUGACUUCGAGUCCGACGGUCUCGCCCAACCUAUCUCCGUUAUCGAUAAAGAGGCUCGAGUGCAUGAGGGACUCCAACGUUGGUCCCAGUAUAUGGGCGUCCCACUAUCCAAACUCGCUCUUACUACUUACCGUGAGGUAGAAAGUGACGUUGGCAAAGAGCAGGCCCCUGCCGAUGAAACUAAUCGGGUGGUUGAACUCGCUGGAAAGAUCGGUGGUGGGUGGUAA